CCCAACCAAACAAGCUUCAAAGGUUAGGAGUAUGAUUUGAAUGAUAAAUAUGACGAGAUAUUUUUUUGAAAUGAUCGACGUGUACUAAGUGAAACAUAAGAUCUGAUAGAAUUUGGUACAUGGAAAUAGGAGAAUCAUCCCAGGAUAAAUAGAAAGCAGAUGUGAUAUGAUGAGCUCUCCACAGACACAGACCCAGACGCAGACCCAGACAGACUGCGAUGAUGGUGAAGCUUCCCGAAGAGAUCAUGAUCGACAUACUCUUGAGACUCCCAAUCACCUCCCUCUGCCGAUUCAGGUGUGUUUCGAAGCCAUGGCUCUCUCUAAUCUCCGACCCUUAUUUCAUCAAAACCCACCUUAAUCGCAACACCACCAACGAAAAACACCAACACGACCGACUCAUUCUCCUUUCAGAACCUUGCGAUUUCCACUCAGUCGAUCUCAAAUCCUUCGAAUUCCGCGAUCAUUUCGAGGCUUUGCACCUCAAAUUCUCACCAAAUCAAAGCCCAAGUGAUUGUAUGGAGAUUUGGGGUUCGUUUGAUGGGUUGUUAUUGAUGCUCGAUGACUUUUUCGAUUGCUUUUUAUUGAACCCAUCAACUAGACAAUCUAGAAAAUUACCCAAAUCCUCAUUUUCAGUCAACUCUGAAUAUUGUUUAGAUAGUUAUGGGUUUGGUUAUGAUUCAUCCAGUCAUGAUUACAAAGUUGUCAGAAUUUCUCAUCAUGACUAUGACUAUGAGGUUGAUUGCGCUGAUAAUAUAGUUAGUGUGUAUAACUUAAGCACCGAUUCGUGGAGAAGGAUUGGGGACUCUCCUUUUGACCAUUCACGUGACGAACCUUCACCGGGGAUUCUUCUUGAUGGGGCUCUUCACUGGGUUACUACGAGUGUUGUGGGUUCGAAUACAUCCAGUGUAAUUGCUUCACUUGAUUUAGCGGAUGAAACUUUUCAUAUUGUGCCGUGUCCGGGUUCUGUUGAUGACUCUAUUGUUGUUCAACAACUUGGUGUUGUUGGAGGCUGCCUUUGUGUGUUUAUUCCUCGCCAUUGUGGUUGUGAUGAUGUUUGGGUGAUGAAAGAGUACGGUGUCGUGGAUUCUUGGACCAAAUUUACCAUCAAUUACGCUAAUUUUACUUGGUUGAAACCGUUGUCUUUAUCAAGCACUUGUGAGUUUUUGUUUGAGGCAAGUGGAAAUAAGUUUGUCCUUUGCAAUCCACUUGAGAAAAAAUUUAAGGAACUAGUGGUUCAAGGCAUUCCAGAUUAUUAUGAUGCAGAAACUUACAUGGAGACCCUUGUUUCUCCCAAUAUGCCAAGCAUCACAUAAAAGAUUACUACUGUAUAGGUAACAUGGAUGAUUGAACUAAACCGUUUUUUAUCUUUCAUUUUAUUUUUACCUGUCUAUGUCGCUGCAUGGUUGUCUCUUUUUCCUUGAUAAUAAGUAGAACGGUGAGAGUUUAAUUUGUCAUCUUGUUUAGAGUUUGUUUAUAUAUUUCGAUCAUACUGGGUUCGAGUGGCUGGGGUCAAAUUCUCAACUUAGGUGUGCUUGUCAUCAAUGCUCACAGACAAAGAGGGACCACAACAUAAACAAAAUAAGGUACAAUUGACACAAUUCAAGGGCUUUUGAGUUUACAUUUGGCAAAGCUUAUGUUUAGUUUGACUGUGCAGGUAACUUGUCAUACCUAUUUUGUUGUUUGUUUUUGGUUAACUGCUAAUGAAUCUGUGACCCACGUGGCUUGGUUUGUUACAUUUUGAAGAUGAUUGAGGUUAUCAUCUUCAUUUAUCACUCUUUCUUUCCAUUUCACCUGGCAUAGCUUGUUAGAUUUUGAAGAUGAUUCAUGUUAUCAUCUUCAUUUUUGUCAAUUGCCAAUGAAUCUGCCAUACCAUGUUGCAUAGUUGGUUAGAUUUUGAAGAUGAUUGAGGUUAUCGUCUUCUUUUUACUGAUCUUUCUUUCCAUCUCAUAUAUUUCUUUCCAACACCAAAUAAUAUAUAUGUCCUAUAUGGUUCUGUUGGUGAGGAUAUGAUGCUUUAUUGGCUUUUGCAAACAAUAACAAUAUGACAAAGACUCAUCAAUAUUUUCAGGGAAAGUUUCCUAGAGGCGGUUAAAAGAAAUGGCAGAAUUUUUUGUUGGUCCUUGAAUUUAUUGAGAACUACAGAUGCCCAGAGGCUAGUGGUUGAGUUGAGACAACAUGUUUUAUAUUUUAAAUGCAAAGUUGUGAUUAUUUAUACUCUUCUUUGUUUCUUGAAUAAAAAUCCAUUCUUACAUUUUGCCAUGAUUUCAUUUGCACUUUCAUUUAUUCUUCCAGUUAUACAUUUGUUAAAAUAAACUGAUGAUAGGGAUACAUGUAAGUAAUUAAGCAUAAUUAACAAAAUUUUCUGCAACUUACCCGAAUCAUUGUGAAGCUCCUUUUUCAUUUUGUUUCCUGAAUGAAAGUAUUUCUUUAUUAAACAAUGUUCCUAUUAGGUCCUUCCAGGUUUUGUAGUGUGCCAUGUCUAGCUCCUGUUGAUGACUUAAUCAUACAACUAAAGCUCAAUGUUCUUGGAGGGUGCCUUUGUGUCCUUGAUUUUUACAGUGGUGAUUGUCACAAUGUUUGGGUGAUGAAAGAGUAUGGUGCGGGGGAUUCCCGGACCAAAUUUACAAUCAAUUAUGGUGAUUUCUGUUUGUGGAAACCUUUGUGCUUACCAAGGACUGGCAAAGUUUUGUUGGGCGUGAGACAAAAGAAGCUAGUGAUCUUCGGCCCUGAAGAGAAAAAAUGUAAGGAACUAGUGGUUUGAGGCAGUCCUACUCAAGUUGAUACAUCAACUUCUUCUGUGGUGGAGCGCCUUGUUUCACUCAAUUGCAGCAAUAUGAUCAAGUGCCAAUGGCAAUCAUCACGUAAAAGAUCACUACGGGAUAGGUCUCUCCAAGCACGAACUGAAGCAUGUGAAGCCGAGACUGAAUCAGAUUUUUCAAUGGCAAAGCGAUGUAGGUUGGAUGAGCCAUCCAAUUCCUAGAGCGCUCGUUUUGCCUCCAAGCUAUGGAACGGAAAAUGUCUUAGUCAGAUAAGCUUGAGUGAAGCCUGUACUUUUUCUCUGUUGAUGUUACUCCAUAAUGUUUUGUGGUGCCCAUAAAUGUGAAUUUUCUUACAUUAGUGUAAUUAUGAUAUUCAUUUAUGUUAUGCUUUGCAAGUGCUAUUUCCAGCU